AUGAGAAAUAUUAAUGGGUUCUAUUCUAUUUCAAUAAAAAAAAAAAACUUAAGUACAUAUGAUAAACUAAUUUUGGGAAAAUCUUCCGAAUGUUCCUGUGAUAAGGAUUUGGAAAAAAAUAAGAAGUUUGUAAAUAAGUUUUAUGUGAUGUGUUUAAGAUAUUGUUUAAUUGGAUUGAUAUGUAUAGCAAUAAUAUUGAAUAAUUGCUUAUUAGAAACUGAAAGGUUUUCCACUCCAAAAUUAGAUGACAAUGUUUAUAGAAGGAUAUUAUGUGAUGUAAUUAAAGAUGGUAUAGGGGCAAACAAUUUGAAAAAGAAUAUAAGACAGAGAACCAAUAAUGAACAAGAUAAUAAUUAUAAAGACGAUGAAAGGUUUAUUAAAUAUGAAAUUCCUGAUAGUUUAAAAAAUGAUAAUAUUGAAUGCCCUUAUGAAUACGGUGAAGUAUUUUAUGGAACACAUGGCAUAAUAAAUUAUGAAUUGAAGGGGAAUCCGGAAUCUGAGACUUUGGUAAUUACAUUUCAUGGAUUAUAUGGAUCUAAUUUAGAAUUUUAUGAAAUUCAAAAAUUUUUGGUAAAAUCGAAUUAUCAAGUUCUUAAUUUUGAUUUAUAUGGUUAUGGUUUAUCUGCAACACCAAAAUAUAAUGAUAAAGAAAAAACGUAUGGUGUUGAUUUUUAUGUAGAACAAACAGAAGAAUUAUUAAAGCAUUUGAACCUAGAAAAUAAGGAUUAUUAUUUAAUGGGUUUUUCUAUGGGAUGUAUAAUAGCCGCAGGGUUUACUCGAAAGCAUACAGAAAAAGUGAAAAAAAUGGUAUUAAUAUCACCCGUUGGUGUAUUGAAUGAGAAACCUUGGUAUUUAAAAAUAUUCAAAAAAUGUUCUUGCUUAAUUAAUUUGUCAACUUUUGUUUUACGGCCUUUUUGUUUUAGAUCAUUUAAAGGAAAAAUGGUAAAUGGAUAUGAUGAUGAUGAAGAAGUAGAACUUGAUAUUGGGAAUGGUGGUAACCAUAAUAAUAGUGAUGAUAAUGAUAUCUAUCAAAAAAAUGAGUUUUUAUAUAAUAGACUAAUGUGGCAUCUUUUCGUAAAAAAAGAUAACGUAGCACAAUCCAUACUUGGUUGCAUAAAUAAUUUGCAUAUGUGGAGUGCUCAUCAUAUUUAUAGAGAAGUUGGGAAAAUUGGAAUACCUGUCUUAAUUUUAGGUGGAAAGGAUGAUGAAUAUUGUUCAGAGGAAGUUUUUGAGAAUACAAGUAGAUAUUUUAAAAACACACAUUUAAUCAUAUUCGACGAUGCUAGUCAUUUAGUUCUAUUAGAAGAAACACGAAAAAUUAAUAUGUGUACAUUAUUAUUUUUUAAAUCGCCCAAUGAUGUAUGUUUACAAGAAUUUAAAAACAGAUUACCUAUUGAUAAAAAUGGUCAAUAUAAAACAUGA